AUGGAGUCCGCUCGAGGACCUCCACGGGUCAAGAACAAGGCCGCAAGUGCCAUCCAGAUCUCUGCAGAGCAGCUCUUACGGGAAGCAGUUGAUCGCCAGGAACCCGGAUUACAGGCGCCGACGCAGCGAUUUGCGGAUCUCGAAGAACUCCAUGAAUUUCAAGGCAGAAAAAGGAAGGAGUUUGAGGCGUAUGUGCAGAGGAAUAGGAUAAACAUGAACAAUUGGAUGAGAUACGCCCAAUGGGAACUUGAGCAGAAGGAAUUCAAGCGUGCAAGGUCGAUAUUCGAGAGAGCAUUGGAUGUAGAUUCAACUAGUGUGACUCUGUGGAUUCGCUAUAUUGAAGCGGAGAUGAAAUCGAGGAAUAUCAACCAUGCAAGAAAUCUACUCGAUCGAGCGGUUACUAUUCUGCCGCGGGUGGAUAAACUAUGGUACAAAUAUUGUUAUAUGGAGGAAAUGCUGGGAAAUGUACCAGGCACAAGACAGGUAUUUGAGCGAUGGAUGGCUUGGGAGCCAGAUGAGGCAGCAUGGAGCAGCUAUAUCAAGUUGGAGAAGCGGUACGGGGAGUUUCAAAGAGCUCGUGACAUCUUCCAGAGAUUUACCAUGGUGCAUCCUGAACCGAGAAACUGGAUUAAAUGGGCUAGAUUCGAAGAAGAGUAUGGCACGACUGAUCUUGUGAGGGAGGUGUUUGGGAAUGCCAUUGAAGCUCUGGGCGACGACUUUAUGGAUGAGCGACUAUUCAUCGCAUAUGCGAGAUAUGAAGCGAAACUCAAGGAAUACGAGCGCGCGAGGGCUAUCUACAAAUAUGCUCUAGAUCGCCUGGCAAGGUCGAAAUCGAUUGGCCUCCAUAAGGCGUAUACAACAUUCGAAAAGCAAUUCGGUAAUCGAGAGGGUGUAGAGGACGUGAUUCUAUCAAAACGGCGAGUCCAGUAUGAGGAGCAGGUCAAAGAAAACCCUAAAAACUACGAUGCAUGGUUCGAUUACGCCAGACUGGAGGAAGUGUCCGGUGAUUUCGAUCGGGUCCGAGAUGUGUACGAGCGAGCAAUAGCUCAAAUUCCACCCACUCAGGAAAAGAGGCAUUGGCGACGAUAUAUAUACCUUUGGGUAUUUUAUGCUAUAUGGGAGGAAAUGGAGUCUAAAGACAUUUCAAGGGCAAAGCAAAUUUACCAGGAAUGUCUAAAACUAAUCCCGCAUAAGAAAUUCACAUUUGCCAAAAUCUGGCUUAUGAAAGCCCAAUUCGAAAUACGCCAGCAACAACUCCAAGCCGCCAGGAAAACCUUGGGACAAGCAAUUGGAAUGUGUCCGAAAGACAAGUUGUUUAAAGGGUAUAUCGAAUUGGAGCUCAAGCUAUUUGAAUUCGUUCGCUGUAGGACUCUUUAUGAGAAGCAUAUUGAAUGGAAUCCGUCGAACUGCCAAGCAUGGAUAAAGUUCGCCGAGCUUGAACGCGGUCUUGAUGAUCUGGAACGUGCGCGUGCAAUUUUCGAACUCGCAAUCGCCCAGACUGUUCUUGAUAUGCCCGAGCUUCUCUGGAAGGCAUACAUUGAUUUUGAGGAGGAGGAAGGAGAGUACGAGAGAACCAGGGCGUUGUAUGAGAGACUACUAGAAAAGACUGGGCACGUCAAAGUCUGGAUUAGUUACGCACAUUUCGAGAUCAACGUACCAGAAGAUGAUGAGGAAGAGGAGGAGGAAGAGAGGGAGGUUAGUGAAGGGGCUAAAGUUAGAGCAAGAAAGAUAUUCGAGAGGGCCUUAGAUACUAUGAAGGAUCAGGACCUGAAGGAAGAACGGGUCUCCCUUUUGAAUGCCUGGCUUUCUUUCGAACGUACCCAUGGCUCGGCAGAUGAUAUUGAAUCGGUGCAGAAACAGAUGCCACGUAAGACUAAGCGACGUCGCAAGCUGGAUGAUGACAGCUACGAAGAGUACAUCGACUAUGUUUUCCCAGCUGAUGAUCAACAAACACAAUCUCUUUCGAACCUUCUGGCCAAGGCUGCGGCUUGGAGGCAGGCGGGUGGAACACUUACUGGCCCAGCCGGCGGUGGGGAAUGA